GUUUUUGUAAUCGUACUUGAUUUCUGUUGCAGAAUCUUGACCGAGUGUUCUGCUCAUGUCGAAAUUAGCCGGAGCGACGGCAAAAGUUAUCAAAGGAGUAGCACGAAUAAAGCCAACCAGAGCUGCGCUCACACUUACACCAGAAGCCGUGAGACGGGUACGAUUUUUAUUGGAAAACCAAAAAGAUGCUAAAGCGCUCAAGAUAGGCGUUCGUAUGAAGGGCUGUAAUGGUCUAACUUAUACCCUAGACUAUGCUCAAGAGAAGGCAAAAUUUGAUGAAGAAGUUGUACAGGACGGUAUCCGGAUAUGGAUCGAUCCGAAAGCGCAGUUAGGUCUUCUCGGAACGGAGAUGGACUACGUCACGGAUAAACUCAGCUCAGAAUUUGUUUUUCGAAAUCCAAACAUCAAAGAAAUGGCACCGAGCGAAAUAUCGAAAAGAAAUGUGAAGAAGGCGGUUAAAAUGGCAAACCCUAUUGAGAAGUUGCAAUCGCAAUUCGCUUCGCAAUACUUUUUCAGAGAACUGAUAUCAUUUGAAAGUUAUUGGGCGACACAUCUCAAUAAAGAGCAGGAAGCAUGGGUCUUUGAUCUGUUCAAGGAAAACAUGUAUCAGUUGUACGCUAUGUCACAGUGGGGUUGGGAUCCCGAGUCAAAGAAAGCGGAACUUGGCGCAACUACUGCACGGUUUAUUAUUGCCAAGAAUGAAAAGGGAGAAAAAAUUGGAUAUACCCAUUAUCGGUUUGACAUGGACCACAAUUGUCCGGUAUUGUACUGCUACGAGAUUCAAGUUGUACAAAAAUAUCAAAAGAAAGGUGUAGGGACCCUUCUCAUGCAAACAUUGGAGACACUUGCCGAAAAAACCGGCAUGGAUAAGGUGAUGGCUACUGUAUUUGCCUUCAACGAGAAAUCGUUGGGAUUUUUCCACAAACUGGGUUAUGAGACAGAUGUCACUUGUCCAGACGAGAAUCAGGGACGGGACUAUCUUAUCCUUAUAUUCUUCUCUUCUCUGCAGCGCGGAGAGUUUUCAAUUGACUGCCUGCGUGAGUGGCUUGCUCCGAGUGUUCUUAAAAAAUGUUCUAAUCCUUCUGAUGAUGUAUUUCUAUGUUUAUCAAGUUACAACUACCUCCAGCUGCUAUCGCUUAUGUGUUGGUUUGACAUUGCACGCUUGUUCACUGACUUAAAAACAACCAGGCUGUUACUUUGUUGGUAG